GGCGGCCCCGCGGCGGGGAGGGCGUCCCAAGGUCGGGGCGGGAGCGGGAGCGGGAGCGGAGCGGAGCGGAGCGGAGCGGCGCGGGGAGGCCCGGCGCUUGCCCGCAGAUGGAGUACGACUGGCUGGGCUUCGGCUACGCGGCGCUGGUGGCGGCGGGCGGCGUCGUCGGCUACGCCAAGGCGGGCAGUGUCCCUUCUCUAGCUGCUGGCCUUCUCUUUGGUGGCUUAGCAGGACUAGGCGCUUACCAGCAGUCCAGAGACCCAAAGAACGUCUGGCUUUCCCUCGUGGCGUCUGGAACCUUGUCUGCUGUUAUGGGAAUGAGAUUUUACAACUCCAGAAAAGCAAUGCCUGGGAUAAUUGCUGGUGCCAGUUUACUGAUGGUUGGACGGCUUGGAUUGCAGAUCAUGGAAAAGCCUCUUAAGCCUUAAGUAUGCAUCAAGUCACCUGAAGAUACGUGAUUGAGAAGCCUGAAAAUGCAACCGCCUAAAAGUGCUGCACAGAAGUGGAAAAGGCACUGCUGUCUGUGCACUGUAUAUUUCAUAUCCUAAGGACUGACAUUGAGAGCCCUUGUUAUAUCUUCCAAAAUGGCAUUUGUCUUAACAUUUUCUGCACUGUAAAGCAGUAAAACAUGAGUAUAGCAUUAGUUUAGCUUCUGGUCCUGCAGCUUGCUGCAGGCAAAGGCCUCUUGGCACUCGGAUGCAGACAGUUGCAGGAUUGAAGCUUAGAUGUACUUUUGGACUUGUCAUUCUAAAAUCAUCUAUACUUCUAAAACAAGGGGAUAGGAGCUGCCAAUUUGUCACUAGUAAUUCAUACAACAAAUGUGCUUAUUAUGUUACUUCUCCCUUCCCUUGCCAGUUUAUCUGGUCAUGAUGUUUGUCAGUCAGGGACUUUGUUCUUGCAGCACUGUGUUAGAACCUGGUCCCACAAAACACAGAGCAGGCUGUCAAGGUUCUGCUGUAAUGCAAUGAAUGCAAACCCAUUACUUGCAAUUACAUUUAGCUGGGCGCUUUUGCUUACAAGUAAUUGGUUGCACUUUUACAGAUUAUUAUUCAUAAAUCAAAAAAAUGCUGUAUUGGGUAAUGCUGAAUUGUAGGCAUAGCUCUUGCAUUUAAUGAGAAUUAAAAUGUUAAUAAACCAACAAAUUAUUAUUACAAA